AUGCCACUUUUUGAACCCAAAAUAGAUACGAAAAAAGCAACAUUUGCUUUAUCAUGAUUUUGGUUUCCCGAAGCACAAUUUGGUUGUGCUCCGGGAGUAAUUCGUACCAGAGUCGGUUAUGCAGGAGGAAAGCAUAAGAAUCCUACUUAUCGUAAUUUAGGUGAUCAUACAGAAACAAUUGAUCUUGACUAUGAUUACACCAAAAUGUCUUACCAAGAAUUACUUGAUAUGUUCUGGAAACUUCACGAUCCUACUACAUGUCACAAACGUCAGUACAUGUCAGCCGUUUUCUAUCAUGAUGAAGAACAGAAGAAAUUAGCAGAAGAAUCAAAAGCAAAAAAACAAAAAGUUACAUCUAGAGAAAUUGUUACAAAAAUUCUACCAAUGGAAAAAUUUUAUGAAGCUGAAGACUAUCAUCAGAAAUACAUUUUGAGAAAUUACGGCGAUAUAUUUGAUACUAUUGGAUUAGAUGGUAAAGCACUUAUCAAUUCUCAUGCAGCAGCAAGAAUUAAUGGCUAUUUAGGAGGUUAUGGAAAGAAGAGUGAUUUUGAAAAAGAAUGGAAAACAUUGGGUCUUUCGAAAGAGGUAGCAGAAAUGAUCCUCGACGAGAUGAAAUGCAACAGACGACUGCAUUGUUAAUCUGUUCCUCUUCAUUAUUUUUCUAUGAUAAUGGUUAAGAAUAAAUUUAAUUAUCACAUAUUUGAAAAAUAUUUAACAAUUUGAUUUGCAAAUUGAGAAUUGUUUAAAAGAGUAUCCAAAAGUGCCAUAAAAAUUAAAUAUUGUCCAAUUUUUCUACAUGCACCCUCAAUAGCAAAUGGUCAAAAUUCAAAAGGAUGAGGAUGACUCCAUUUUCAAAAAUAUUACAAAAGAAAAUCUAUAGUAGUACUGUUUUUAAGAAAAGUUUUUUGCUGUUUGAAUGAUUUAUUUGAUAACAUUUUAUCUAUUUUCUGCUACAAAUUAUAGGGAAAUUUGUAUCUGUAAUUCAUAUGAUUUUUUAGAAUUUUCAUAAAAUGAUGCAAAUAUUUUUACAGAUUAUUUACCCUAUUAAAACUUUAAUGCAAUUUAAGUACAUUUUUGCAACAUCUUUUAAAAAAUUACAAUGUUUCAGUGCAGUUAUAAAUUGCAUAUUUAUCAAUUAAAUAUGGUUAUGCAACUUCAUGCUAUAUAUUUAUAUAUAAGAAUAUUUUUAUUAUGGUUUAAUAUGGAAAGUGUAUAAAAGUUUCUAGAGUAUCUAUAUUACUUAAUACAAAUUUUCAAUUGAAGUCAUGGACUUAAUAAAUUAAUUAUGUUUGCAAUAAUGUUUAAAAUGUGAUAAAUUCAUCAUGCUAAGAAUUUUUAAGUACCUGAUUUGAUACUUCUGUUGAGAAUUACUUUUCUUCCAUUUGUUGGCAAUAACAUUAUUUAAUUAUCUUCAAGAAUAUAUAUUUUUUUAAUAUCUAAGCUAUUAAAUAGCUCAAAUUGUUGAUAACUUUAAACAGUAAUAUUAGUAAUUGCUUUAUUCACAACCAAGAAUAAAGAGUUAGAAUUAGAAGUUAACCAAUUUUCAUUCACUUUUAGUACAUGAAUGUGUAUUUAUUAACUUCUAACAUCUCUCGAUCCUUGGUUGCAAAUAUAAUCAUUUAUUAAAAGAAUAAUAUAUUAAUUUAUUGUGUGAACGGAACUGAAUAUCUGUACUUUAAUUUAAUUAUAUACUCUAAUAUUUCUUUCAUUUUUUUUAUAUCGU